CCAGUGUUCGUUGGAAUAGUGGGUACCGCAAGCGCGUGCAACUGUUGAUAUAUAUAUACUGUUAAGUGUUACGGUUCGGGCGAAUUUUUUUCCGUUCCACCGCCGCGUACGGUGUUCUUCGAGUCCUUUCAGUAUUCGCGUCCACUCGUCCCCCGAAGGAAUAUUAGCGUAAUAUUGGUGGCGUCACACAGUAUUAUACGAUUAUCGUCGGCGAGAAGAAAACCUCAGCUGCGCUAUUUACGCAAAACGAUAUAAUAAUCCAUUUAUUUAUAAUACUAUAUCAAAGUAUAUAUUAAAUUAAAUUUUCGUGGGCCGGAUCGAAAACUGCUCGCUAUGUCUUUCUUUCAGGAGGAGAACGACGAGUAUGAGGAUGUGAGCACUGUUAUGGUUCGAAACUCGCAUCUAGAUCUUAUGGAUCAAGAUAUAUUGUAUCAUUUAGCUCUAGGGAGUGGUUCACAUGACCUAAGAGCCAUGUUCGGUGAUGUUAAGUUUGUGUGUAUGGGCGGGACACCAAAACGUAUGGAACAAUUCGCUUAUAGAUUGAUGGAAGAAAUAUCGUACAAAAUACCUACAGGUACCACAUUGCAGGACAUCAGUCGAUAUUCGUACAGAUACUCUAUGUACAAAGUUGGCCCUGUUUUGUGUAUAAGCCAUGGUAUGGGCAUGCCUUCGGUGGGAAUCCUUUUACACGAGACCAUCAAGCUGAUGUUCCAUGCUAAAGUCGUAGAUCCUGUCUUCUUUAGGAUAGGUACAAGUGGUGGUAUCGGACUGGAAGGCGGGACUGUGAUUAUUUCCGACGAGGCCGUGGACGGAACCCUCCAACCACACCUGGAAUUACAAAUUCUGGGCAAGACUGUGAAAAGGAGUUCGGUCCUUGAUAAGAAACUACAAUGGGAGUUAAAAUCGCUAGCGGAACCAGAUGACCCGUAUCCUACAGUGAUCGGCAAGACUGUAUGCACCAGCGACUUUUAUGAAGGUCAAGGACGUAUGGACGGAGCAUUUUGUGACUUCACAGAAGAAGAAAGAAUGGAAUACUUAGAAAAAUUAAAAUUUAAUGGUGUGAGGAAUAUCGAGAUGGAAUCUUUAGCUUUCGCAGCACUAACGCACCAUGCGGGGAUUAAAGCAGCCGUGGUUUGUGUCACUCUGUUGGACCGGCUAAAAGGAGAUCAGAUCCACUACCCCAAAGAGGUGUUGGACGAAUGGCAGCAGAGACCCCAGAAACUAGUGUGCCGUUACAUAAAGAAAUACCUGUCGAAGCGGGGCUUGAUAUUGAACAACCAUUGCGGUUCAGUGAACGUGAAAAGCCCGAGGAGGUUCAAGCUCGUCCAACAAGAAUCUGAAAGUUAUGACUAAAUCAAACAAUUCAAUACAAUACGCUUCCGGACGUGCGCCUCAACACGAUACGCCUAUAUAAUAUAAUAUUAAACUAUAACCGUUGACGAUAAAAUACUACCUAUCUAUAUAUGAUAAUAUUUAUAUAAUUUAAGCGGGUUCGUGUUUAAAAACGCUACCCACCUAUUUUAUUCCAAUAAUUUCUUCUUUUUAAAGACUUUUUUCAUACUUAAUAUUAUAUUAUAUCUUUAUAUCAUACACCCAUAUAAUAUAAUACAUACCUAACCUACCAUUAAAUAUUAUAUUCUACGAUAUAUAUAUCUUCCCCACUCUUAACAUAUUUUUGAACAUUUUUUGUAUUUUAACUAUAUAUGUAUUAAUAAGUAUAGCUUCUUUGUAAUAAAAACUUAGUGUACUAGCAAUAUUUUAACUGGUAGAAAACUAAAAAAAAAACCACUUAUAUUCGAUUUACAUAUUAUUUUAUAUUACCUGGUUUUACUUAAGUAUAUAAAACCUACUUCUUUGACAUUUAUAUAUAUACCCAUAAAAUAAAAUAGUUGGUUAUAGCCGUACAAUUGUACUUGAACAUCACGUCUUCGAAAAAUAUUCCAUCUUUUAUUUAUAAAAUAAUUUACGUGUUUUAUAUUAUAAAAAUGGUAUUUCAAACAACAUUUAUCGUUUAUGAAGCCUUUGACUACAUUAUUAUUGCUCAAAAUUUGUUUGCACGUAAUUCCAAACACCAAUAAGUAGGCAACUAAUAAUGAUACAAAUAAAACAAACACCUUGUACUAUGCA